GGGCUGCUCGGUGGCGGCGGGAGGCUGCGGGUGGCGGGAGGCUGCGGCCGGGGAUGGUCCAGCGGGCGCGAUGGCCCCCGCCAUGCAGCCGGCCGAGCUCCAGUUCGCCCAGCGGCUGGCGUCCCACGAGAAGGGCAUCCGGGACCGCGCGGUGAAGAAGCUGCGCCAGUACAUCAGCGUGAAGACGCAGAGGGAGACAGGAGGUUUCAGUCAAGAAGAACUCCUAAAAAUAUGGAAAGGGCUCUUCUAUUGCAUGUGGGUGCAGGACGAACCCCUCCUACAGGAGGAGCUAGCAAACACGAUUUCCCAGCUCGUCCACGUUGUUAACAACUCGGAGGCCCAACACCUGUUCAUUCAAACCUUCUGGCAAACGAUGAAUCGAGAGUGGAAGGGGAUAGACCGGCUGCGCCUGGGCAAGUACUAUAUGCUGAUCCGUCUGGUCCUGAGGCAGUCCUUUGAAGUUCUCAAGCGAAAUGGCUGGGAAGAAAGCCGAAUCAAGCUAUUCUUAGACGUCUUGAUGAAGGAGAUCUUGCACCCUGAGAGCCAGUCUCCUGAUGGAGUGAAGUUCCACUUCAUCGGCAUUUACCUGGACGAACUGUCCAAAGUGGGAGGGAGAGAGCUUUUGGCAGAUCAGAAUCUCAGGUUCAUUGAUCCAUUCUGCAAAGUCGCUGCCAAGACUAAGGACCAGACGUUGGUGCAGACUAUAGCUAGGGGUGUUCUUGAAGUCAUCGUGGACCAGUCUCCUCUUGGACCUGAAGAGACCCUCGAGGAACAGAAGCCUCAGGCGGGCGAGGGUGAGCCCUCUGAAGAAGAAACACCUGAAAACGAGGUGGUGUGGAGACAAACCGUCAGUAGAAAGAAGACCGCACUGACCCAGCAGCACUCCAGGAUGGACGGCGUCCGCGACGACGCGGCGAGAGGCGGCGGGCGCCUGGAGGACGCCGGGCCCCUGCUCCAGUUCGACUACAAGGCUGUUGCUGACCGACUCCUGGAAAUCACCAACAGGAAGAACACCCCUCCCUUCAACAGGAAGCGUCUCUCCAAACUCAUCAAGAAAUUUCGGGAUCUCUCCGAAGCAGGCAGCCUAUCCCGGCUCAGUUUUGCUGAGGACAUUUCUGCUGAGGGAGAUGACCAAACACUCAACCGAGGAAAGCACAAGAAAAAAGGAAAUAAACUUUUAGAGAAAACCGACCCGGAGGAAGAAGGAGGAAACAAGUCCUUCCUUGCUGAGGAAGAGGAGAGCGAAGGCAGCGUUCAGAAGAGGAAAGGGAAAAAGAGGAAGAAGGUCCAUCUCCAGCCAGAGCAUUUAGGGUCGGGGGCUCCGGCCCUGCCCCCAGAACAGAACGGGGGCGGGGAGCCGGAGGGAAGUCCAGGAAGAGCCCAGAAGAUGCCUGCGGCUGAGCCGGGGGCACCAGCUGCCCCUCGCCCCCAGGAGCACAGCGUUUCGGGGCCCACCCCAGCACAGGGUAAGAGGAAACGACCGAGGAAGAGAAGCCUGAGGGUCCAGGGCGAGAGCUCGGAGUCCACACCACCACUGCCUCGGGGGGACGAGGCCCGGGAACCGUCCCCUCCGGCACCCCCUGCCAGUGGAGCCCCGGUCCGGAAGAGGCCGAGGACGCUCGGAGCCCUCCCGAUCAACGGCAGCGGCCCCCCCGCGCUGGCCUGGCCCCCACCCCAGCAGCAGGGCCGUCCAGCCGGCCUGCCCCCGGGCAGGAGACUGAAGAAAAAGAAGGGGGAGCCCAGCGGCCUUGACCUCUACGACCCGUCUCAUCAGAAAGCCGCCAUCUUGAAAAAGAGAAAGAAGAUGAAAGAGAUGUGUAACUUGGAGCGCCGCGGGGUGUUGAAGGCCGAAGCCAGGCUCGUCCAGGCUCUGGGCGGUGGGGGGGCUCUCAGCCCCUCGAAGAAGCAGCAGCUGAGGACGGAGAAUGACUUCGUGAGGUUCGACACCCCCUUCUUACCGAAGCCCCUGUUCUUCAGAAAAGCCAAGAGCAGCGGUGCCUCUGCCGUCUCUGUGCGCCCUGCCGGGCAGCGAGACAAGACGCCCUCAAGCUCCAAGAAGGUCACCUUCGGGCUGAACAGAAACAUGACUGCGGAAUUCAAGAAGACAGACAAGAGUAUCCUGGUCAGCCCCACGGGCCCCUCCCGAGUGGCCUUCAACCCUGAGCAGAGGCCCCUCCACGGCGUGCUGAAGACCGCCACCGGCUCACCCACCGGCACCCCCCUGGGGACCAAGAAGCCACUGAGCGCCACGCCAAAGAGAAGGCCCACGGCUAUGGACUUUUUCUAGGGCAGCAGCAGAGUCCUUUUAGAGACUGUUUUUGUACAGAUAUUCUAUAAAUUAUAACUUUGAAAAGGUGGGCGGUUUUUAUUGUUUUAUAAAUCACCGUAAAUCGUACAAACGAGGUCUGAGCAGAGCCGCUAGCCCUCCAUCCCGCUGCGAGCAUCUUGGUGGUGGUUUUGCCACAAACGCUGUUGGUGAGUGAGCCCUCUGGGGUCUCACGUUCGCGGGUGACUUCUCUGACCCCCACCGGUGUGGGAGCUGAGCGGUGUGACCGUCACUCCCCCUGCUGCAGGCCCCGGGGGAGCCUGGAGGGGACGUCCUGGCCAGCCGACUGUUUGGAGCUUGGGUGCUCAGCGCUGCGUCUACCGUGCUGGGCUGGUUUCCAGUGGCUUUCCACCUUUCCCCUGGCCUUGUGGGCAUUUGGCAGUUUGUGUUGGGCUCGAACCCCAGUCAGCAACUCGGUGGUAGUUUCUCUGCGUGCCCAGCGCAGGGGGGGGGUGGGGGUGGGGGAGUGACCCUGCAGUGGGGGCGGGGAGAGAAGAGCCUCUGUCCUCGGGGCGCGUCUUUCCGGCCCUUGGGCCCGUCUCCUUCCCUGUGUUCCUACCUCUCAGGCCAGCCCGAAGUGUCUUCACCGGUGAGUGCCCCUCCUCGGCUCUCACCUGGGACCGUGAGCACGCGCCUUCCUCCCGGUCUCGUGCUCUGGUUCCCUUCCUCUUUACACGCGAGCCUUUGCGCCAGCACCCAAAGUGACUGGUGUCCCCAAAAGCAGCUUUCCCAACUCAGAUUAAAAUUCAUUUCUUCAGAGAUGUGGCAACAGUGUCUGAAAACCCGAGUUCCUGCCAGAAGGCAGAAAUAAGCAGCCGCUGAGGGUUCCUUGUGCAUAUUUAUUUGCUCGUAGCUACCUUUAAUCUGAAAUACUGAAGCUUGCACUCGAGAUUUUCAUAGAGUUCUGAUUUUAGUUAAUUACACACAUCAGUGGGAGGCCCUCAGACUUCAGUUGGAAAAACAGGAACAGAGCAUAGGGAAGCUACGUCUGUCCCUUGAGCCCGCGUGAUGGACGGGGCGCAGAUUCAGACAUCAGGUCUUUGCCCAAGGAAAGUCACCAGGGCCCCCCAGCUCCUUUUUGAGUUAACGAAAUAACAAAUCGCACACUUGAGGAAGAGAUAGGAGAUUUGGGGGUCUGUAGGCCUGGCCCGCGGGUGCCCAGUGUUUCCCUGGCCCGCUCUCUGCCCAGGGGACCUCCCAGGAGUGACAGCUGCCACCCCUAUCGCUCCUCCCCCAGAGGGGACCCCAGCAUUGCCUCGGUGGGACCAGCCACCACUUCGGGUGACAAGGGGCGCCCGCCGGGAUUGUGGGACUGUGUUGAUUUGAUUUUGGUUUCUUAAUCACGUAAUCGUAGCAGGGCUUCGUCUUCAAUACUGCUUCUGCAGGGUCAGGUGACGCCCAGGGAAGGAAGUUGCCUGCUCUGUGUUAAAGUUGUCACAAUUAGGCCACGAGGGAAAUAACGAACACUGAGCUGUCAAGUAGUCAUUGUGACCAGAAGUCUUAACGUACGAGGUGACUUUGUGGUGGUGCUUGCAUGGGGUUAUGUGCUGCAUUUGGUAAAAUACUUAAAAUCACCUUCAAAACCAAAUCGGAUCGUGUGAAAAGGUUAGAUUUGAAUAUCCAAAUGUUUUUAAGAUUUUGUUUAAAAAAAAACCGUUUUGUUAUCCUUGGCCAGAUUAUUUUUCUAACAGUUUUCGCUUUAGCUUUAAAGACGGGCCGUAUAAUCCAGCAGCGUGAAGGUGUCUUAGCAAGACUGCGCGCCAGCUCUGCGGCCGAGCGCGGGCCUGCCCUUCGUGGCACGCGCGCGCCCGUCUGCUCAGAGGCCCCCGCAGAGCGUCCUAGAGAUGCGCCUGCCGGUCCCGCGAUGCUUCUGGACCCGGGUGCCCUGGACUGCAUCCACCCUUGUCUCCAUCUGUCCUGACUCCAUUCUGUGGGUGAGUUCAGUAGGUUUGCUGUGGUUUACUUUUAAUGCCUACAUUUUGGCAAGAAAGGAAGGAAGAAGAAAAAGUUUUUCAUUCUCAUUACCUAUACCCACAACAAGAAUGUGUCACACGAAGAAAAUGUAUUUAGCAUACCAAUUUUCUAUUUGAUGCAUGUUAUUUUCCUAGGAAAAUUGCUAAGGGGGCUUGGAAGUCCAAAAAUGGGAACGAUUUACAUUAAUGCUGGUGGUCUUACGGUAUUUUGUAAAACGAGCAUCUUAUCUUCCCUCUUCCCCCGUUCGUCUGGUCGGGUUUGUACGGUCUGGUUUUACACUUUAUAAACGUAUCGUCCUUUCCAACUCCUGUUUACCCGAAAGCACAAAGAAGGGUCAAGGACACCUGGGAGCGGUUGUUAGUGUUGGAAAGAACUUGAAGUAGAACCUGCCUUUUGAUCUGUGUGUCUUCUCUGCAUUUACCUGACUCUGCUGGCACGAUCCGUCUGUUUACAGUCCGUUUGUACUCACGUCUGCAGAGUGUGUCUGUCACGUCAAAGCCAAGGCCAAUAAACACAACCUGUCUUUGCA